AGAAGAACCACAAUCAACUGCUUCAACAGCAGAAGAACCAGAAUCAACUGCUCUACCAGGAGAAGAGCCAGUAUCAACUGCUCUACCCGUUAAGGAACCAGAAACAUCAGCUUCUAUGGCAGAGGAACCAGUAUCAACUGCUUUACCAGGAGAAGAACCAGAAUCAACUUUUUCAACAGCACAAGAACCAAUAUCAACUGCUCCACCAGUAGAGGAACCAGAAACAUCUGCUUCUAUGCCAGAAGAACCAGUAUCAACAAAUCUACCAAGAGAAGAACCAGAAUCAACUGCUUCCACAGCAGAAGAACCAGAAUCAACUGCUCUACCAGGAGAAGAAUCAGUAUCAACUGCUCUACCCGUUAAGGAACCAGAAACAUCUGCUUCUAUGGCAGAGGAACCAGUAUCAACUAUUCUACCAAGAGAGGAAUCAACUGCUUCAACAGCAAAAGAACCUGUAUCAACUGCUUCAACAACAGAAGAACCAAAAUCAACUGCUUCAACAGCAGAAGAACCAGAAUCAACUAUUCUACCAAGAGACGAAUCAACUGCUUCAACAGCAAAAGAACCUCUAUCAACUGCUUCAACAGCAGAAGAACCAGAAUCAACUGCUUCAAAAGCAGAAGAACCAGAAUCCACCACUCUACCAGUUAAGGAACCAGAAACAUCUGCUUCUAUGGCAAAGGAACCGGUAUCAACGAUUCGACCAAAAGAAGAACUACAAUCAACUGUUUCAACAGAAAUAAAACCAAUAUCGACUGCUCUACCAGUAGAGGAACCAGAAACAUCUGCUUCUAUGCCAGAAGAACCAGUAUCAACAAAUCUACUAAAAGAAGAACCAGAAUCAACUGCUUCCACAGCAGAAGAACCAGAAUCAACUGCUCUACCAGGAGAAGAAUCAGUAUCAACUGCUUUACCCGUUAUGGAACCAGAAACAUCUGCUACUAUGGCAGAGGAACCAGUAUCAACUAUUCUACCAAGAGAGGAAUCAACUGCUUCAACAGCAAAAGAACCUGUAUCAACUGCUUCAACAGCAGAAGAACCAAAAUCAACUGCUUCAACAGCAGAAGAACCAGAAUUAACUAUUCUACCAAGAGAGGAAUCAACUGCUUCAACAGCAAAAGAACCUCUAUCAACUGCUUCAACAGCAGAAGAACCAGAAUCAACUGCUUCAAAAGCAGAAGAACCAGAAUCCACUGCUCUACCAGUUAAGGAACCAGAAACAUCUGCUUCUAUGGCAAAAGAACUGGUAUCAACGAUUCGACCAAAAGAAGAACUACAAUCAACUGUUUCAACAGAAAUAGAACCAAUAUCGACUGCUCUACCAAGGAACCAGUAUCAACUGCUCAAGCAGGAGAAGAACCAGAAUCAACUGCUCUACCAGUUAAGGAACCAGAAACAUCUGCUUUUAUGGCAGAGGAACCAGUAUCAACUGCUCAAGCAGGAGAAGAACCAGAAUCAGCUGCUCUACCAGUUAAGGAACCAGAAACAUCUGCGUCUAUCCCAGAGGAACUAG